CAUUGGCGUCUGUUAAUCAAACUGGGAGAAAGGCUUUCUCUGUUUUCCACGGCCAGGCGGUUCUCUAGAACUCCUACGCUAGGAGCGAACGGAUACCAGACACAACUCAGUGAAAUAAAUAGCAGUGGCGUGAACUGUCACGAACAAAAAAACAAACCCAGCUCGGUAAUCAGUGCCCAAGUUUGGUUACCUUCCCCACCCCCGCGCGCCCACUAUACUGCAACGGAAAAGCGCAGAGUGAAAAUUGAUUUUUUAAACAGUGCGAACACCACAAUCAGUGCAACGAAAAUUCGAAAUAAAAAACACGGAACGGACGUGUUUGAAAGGCAGCAAGAUGGUACAAAAAUUCCAGUCCCCCGUUCGCGUCUACAAAUAUCCUUUUGAGCUGGUGAUGAAGGCGUAUGAGCGGCGCUUUCCCACAUGCCCGCAGAUGCCCAUCGUGCUGGACUGCGAGGUCAUUAAGGACGAGUCCCUGGAGGACGGUGCCAAGCGGAACACGAGCCGGCGCUGCAAGCUGGCGGUGGACGCGCCGUACAUCUUCAAGAAGCUGAUUGGCGUGGACCAUGUGUACUUCCUGCAGCACAACUUUCUGGACAUGGCGAACCGCACGCUGAGCAUCGAGGCGGUCAACGAGAGCUUCUCGUCGCGCAUCGAGAUCUUUGAGAGGUGUCGCUACUACGCCCACCCAGACAACUCCGAAUGGACGUGCUUUGACCAGUCGGCCACGCUGGACAUCAAGAACUUCUUCGGUUUCGAGCACUCGAUGGAAAAGAUGGGCAUGAAGCAGUACACGCAGACGACGCUGAAGGGCAAGGAAAUCAUUGAGUUCUUUAUCGGGCAGCUGCGCGAGGAAGGCGUCACGCACGUGGAGCGUUGGACAUCGCCCAGUGAUGCAGCCAAAUCACCGACCCUCGAUCAGGCUUCGGAUCAGCAGCACAGCAUCUUGCUGGACGGCGACUUCAUCGCCCGCAGCCUGGGCCAGCUGUCGCCCAUGCAGGAGUCCAAGCUGCUGGAGCUGCGAAAAAUGCUGGAUGGUGUCGAUGACUUGGAGCGUGUGCCCAGUUAUCAGACCAUCCUGCGUUUCUUAGCAGCCAGGGACUGGCACGUUAGCCAGGCCUACGCCAUGCUGUGCGAUUCGCUUCGCUGGCGUCGGGAACAUCGAAUCGACGCUCUGUUGGCGGAGUACUCCAAGCCGGCCGUGGUGGUGGAACACUUUCCGGGCGGCUGGCAUCAUCUGGACAAGGACGGUCGACCCGUUUACAUUCUGCGCCUGGGACACAUGGACGUCAAGGGCCUGCUGAAGUCGCUGGGAAUGGAUGGACUACUGCGAUUGGCUUUGCACAUCUGCGAGGAAGGCAUUCAGAAGAUCAAUGAAUCCGCCGAACGCCUGGAGAAACCAGUCCUCAACUGGUCACUGCUCGUCGAUCUGGAGGGUCUUUCUAUGCGCCACCUCUGGCGUCCCGGCAUCAAAGCCCUGCUCAACAUCAUCGAGACUGUGGAGCGCAAUUACCCAGAGACCAUGGGCCGUGUCCUAGUGGUGCGAGCGCCCAGAGUGUUUCCCAUUGCAUGGACAAUCGUUAGCGCUUUUAUCGAUGAGCACACCCGAUCCAAGUUCCUGUUCUACGGCCCCGACUGUGCACACAUGAAGGAUGGCCUGGCCCAGUAUCUCGACGAGGAGAUUGUGCCGGACUUCCUGGGCGGACCGUGCAAGACAGAGAACCAGCUAGUCUCGCAUGUGGAGCAAGUCAGUCAGAAAUACUUUAGCCAUUGUUAUUUAACCAAAUGCGAUUGUACCAUGAUUCACGAGGGCGGACUGGUGCCCAAGACGCUGUACAAGAUGAACUCGCUGGAGGAUCACGACGACGAAGUGGCCGCCGAGCUGCCCACCACUGCCGCGGCACAGGCUCUGGUUCCAGGCAACCGACUAUCGGCCAACCAACAGCACGACCAUCGCAAUCUGUACAAGAGUGUGGAUCUUAAGGCCGGAUUCGCGCACGAGCUGCUCAUCCGGAACGAGGAUCCCAAGAGUGUGCUCACCUGGGACUUUGAUGUGAUGCGCAACGAUCUGCACUUUACGCUCUACCGGGUCACCCAGGAGCUUCCGGAAAAGAAUGAUUCCGCCGUCUCGUACUUUGAUCUGCAGGACUUCGUCGAGGGGGUCAAUUACUUCCGGGAGGAGCCCACGCUGAUAUGCCGGCACAAGGAGAGCGUCCAGGGGUCGCACGUGAUGCACCACAACGACAGCUAUCUGAUGCACUGGUUUAGUCCAUCGGGCGCCCAGUUAAACGUCUUCUACGAGGUGCUCAGCUCGGCCAACUACAAGGGCUCGAUGACCAGCCUGCAGUCGGCAUUCUCGUCGAACUCGUCGGCGGCCAGCUCGGUGCAGAGUCGAUGAUAUGAGAAAGCCGGGGAUGGCGGAACGAACGGCGCCGAAUGGAGAUCCCCGGCAUUGGAGGAGCCCAUAGCGGCGAUGGGGGAGGACAUUCUCACGGGCACCCUGAUGGAGAAGAGCCUGAAUCUAUUUGAAACGCCGGACGUAUUCUUUUAAGAACAAAAGUGGUAAUAUCUUGUGUUUUAGUUGUCUUUAGUUGUUUAGCAGAAUGUUAGUUUGAUUUUAAAUUGUAUUUAGCUCAAAUAGGCCAUUUAUUUCCUUUUAAAUUUAUUAUAUUCAUUCAAUAUAUACAAGCAUUCAUAUUAUUGAUAAUUUUAAGGAAAUUAGAAAUAUCAGCGGUUUAGAUGAGCAACACCAAAAUAUCACGCAACGUUUUAUUUGAAUCGUCAAUUUGAAUUUUUCGUAAGCAGCUCUGUAAAUGAAGUUUUAAUGCGUACAUAUGUAAAAGCGACGUAAUUUUUAUAGCUUUUUCUAAUAGAACAUUUUUAGCAACAAUUAAGGAACUUAUCGCGAUUGCGCAGCCACUGAAACGAAAAUAGAGAAAUUGAAAUUGUAAUCAAUAACUACGUGUUACCUAAUUAGUUUAAUAAAAAAAUUGCCGAAAUGGCUUAUUGCAAGGAUUUUAGCCAGAACUUAUACAAAAGAGUGAAAUGUAGGGUUUGAACUCGAAAUACACACGUAGGUUAUAGUUAGACGUCAGAUUAUAAUCAUAAGCGUAAAAUUGUAUUUUAAACAUUCGACUCCAGAACGUUUUUUAUUGCACACUAAUUACCCCGUCAUUUGUACGUUUUUAAAUGCUUAUAUCAAUCAAUCUCCAAAGUGUUUUUAAAUCAAAAAAAUCAACUUUAGUGUCCCUUUUUGGAUAUUGUUUAUUCCAUUAAAUACUAAUUACCAUGCGGAUGUUUACAAUUUAGUUUUAAAAAUAAUCUGACGUGUAUUGUAAGAAUAAACUGACAAGCCAAUAUCGAAGGAAAAAUGAGUGCAUGUUAACUAAGUGUGUAAGUUGUAUUAAGAACGUAAUCAAAUAAAUGCUAUUAGAUCAAUUACAUGUA